AUGGCGCCGAAAUGGAUUCGAGGAACCCUUGUUUGCGCCUACCAACUGUCCAUCACAAUAGGCCUAUUGUCUGCAUCCUUUGUCAACAUCUUAACCGAACGACUCGAUUCUGCCGCCGCAUACCGAAUCCCCCUCGGUCUUCAACUCGUAUGGGCCGUUGUUCAAGCCCUCGGUCUUCUUAUCCUCCCCGAAACUCCUCGCUUCCUAGUCAAGAAAGGCAAGCCCGAGGCUGCGGGCCUGUCACUCAGCCGCCUCCGACGUCUCGAUAUUACUCACCCUGCUUUGCUCGAGGAGCUGCAGGAAAUUGUAGCCAACCACGAGUAUGAGCUCACGCUAGGCCCUGACUCUUACAAGGAAAUAUUCUAUGGAUCACCUCAUCUCGGCCGACGGACUCUCACCGGAUGCUGCCUGCAGAUGCUGCAGCAACUUACGGGUAUCAACUUCAUCAUGUACUACAGCACCAGCUUCUUCGACGGCGUCAAGCUGGAGAAUCCGUACCUGAAGGCUCUCAUCAUCAAUAUCAUCAACGUGGUAUCGACAAUCCCUGGACUCCUGGUCAUCGAAUCUUGGGGUCGACGCAAGCUUCUCAUGGUUGGCGCUAUCGGCAUGGCCGUCUGUCAGCUCAUGAUUGCGUCAUUCAGUACGGCCGCUGGCGAUAACCUUCAGCAGGCUGCCCAGACAAUUCUCAUCGUCUUCUGUGCCAUUUACAUCUUCUUCUUCGCAGCAUCUUGGGGGCCCGUAGCCUGGGUCAUCACGUCUGAAAUCUACCCUCUCAAGGUCCGUGCGAAGGCCAACUCGAUCUCGACUGCGUCAAACUGGCUUCUGAACUUCGGUAUCGCCUACGGAACCCCUUUUAUGGUCGGGUCAGGACCUGGAUACGCAGACAUUGGACCCAAGAUCUUCUUCCUCUGGGGUGCCUUUUGCAUUCUGGCAGUUUUGUUUGUCUGGUGCAUGGUAUUCGAGACCAGUAAGAUUAGUCUGGAACAAAUCGACGAAAUGUAUGAGCGUGUCGACUAUGCCUGGAACAGUACCCGGUUCGAGCCAAGCUGGAGCUUCCAACAAAUGCUGGACGAAGGAUGGUCACCCAGCGCUCAGCCCCCGCCAGAACACGAGCUGCAACAAACACAAACCAAUUCAUCAACCCAGACGACGCAAACGAACUCGAAUUCGGCGACGUCAACAAAUACUGGCGCUACCGGGAACUCAACAUCAGCAGAAGCAAAAAUGUUGUCGCAGAUGGGCAAUGUUGACUUCAGUUAUUGA